GAAAUGCAAAUGACGUCACGAUGUAAACAAAUCAUGUGGUUUGACUGCAAAUAAUAGGGAUAAUUUGAUAAAUUUAACUUAAUAACACUAUAAUUCCCGUGAUAUUUAAAAGGAAAUGAUAUUUAAGCUUAAGAGUUCCAACUUCUCAGAGUUAUAUUAAUUCUAAGCUAUUUAUUGUUCUACUUACGGAGUAGGGACGAUUUUUAAAGUGAAAUCCUGUAAAAGUUUCGUGUUAGGGCAGAAAGACCAUGGAAAAAUUGCCGGUUAUUGAAGUUAGUGAAGACAAUUUUGUUAGUGUUUUACCAGCUAUAAGAGAUGCGAUCAGCAAAGCUUCAUUUGUGGCCAUUGAUUGCGAACUCAGUGGUCUUGGACAACGGAAGAAGAUAAAUUAUCCAGAGAUAGAUUUCCGUUAUCAGUAUAUGGCUGAAGUCGCACGGAAAUAUGCAGUUGUGUCGUUGGGUUUAUCUUGUUUUACCUGCAAGUCAGUGAGCAAUCUAAAAAUAGAAAAUAAUGAAGGUGGAUGUGGACAAGUCCUUAGCCAUGAUUAUCUAGUGCAGACUUUUAACUUCAUCACAUUAUGUUCUGAUGACUUUACUGUAGAGUGUAACUCAUUCAAAUUCCUUGAAAGACAUGGCUUUGACUUCAACAAGUUGUAUGCCAAAGGACUGCAGUAUUACAAAGGAUGUGAUAAAGAGAAAGAGGAGAAUCCAAAUAUUCGACAUGUAUUGUCAAGCAUUGUAGAGCACAGAAAACCUGUUGUGGUUCACAAUGGCCUUUUGGACUUGGUGUAUCUUUAUCAAGCUUUUUAUGCAGAACUUCCUAAAAAGUCUGAAACCUUUGCAGCAGAUUUGUCUGAUAUGUUCCAGUGUGGAGUAUAUGAUACAAAGUAUAUAGCAGAGUUCCAUCAAUCUGUGCCUGCAACAUACCUGGAUUAUCUGUACACAAAAAUGCAGCUGAAGAAUGCUCACAGAGAAGUUUCAGGGAAGUGGCACGUCAGGGUAACCUUUCCCCCUUACCCAAGCAACCUGGCCAACGUAGACUGGUAUCCAUACUUACAGAUCCAUUCAUAUGAUUCCAAGAGUGAUGAUGAUGGUCUAGAAGUUUGUGAGACAUUUGCCUAUCAUGGAUGGUGCUCAAAAGGUAGUGAAUGUGGAAGCAGUCAUAAUAUAAAUAAAAUAGUCAUACAACUUCAACCUAAGGGUGCUAAGAAGAGUAGUUCAACUGGUAGAAAAUACAGUGGGCCAAAGACCGGGUCGCUGGUACACAUCAUACAGCAUGCAGUGAAGAAAGAGGAAAUGGAGAACAAGAAGAGGAUAAAUGAAGACCUCGAACCAGACAGGAAGAAAAAUAAAAUUUGCAGUAUCAAAUCAGGAAAUGAGAGAAAUGGAAAUGAUGAACCAGGCCAAGAUCAUAACGGUGACUCAAAAUCAAAUAAUCAAGAUAGCAAAAAGGCCGGAAGCCACAAAGCUGGGUACGAUGCCUUUAUGACUGGAUUCAUAUUUGCAUCGUACAUAGCGGAGAAGGGAGUGUUAAGCACUAAAAAUACCAGUUAUGCAGCUGAUAGUUUGGGUCUUAGUGAGGAAAAGAACAAGAUGUAUUUAGUUGGAAAAAAUAUUCCUUUUCUGAUAAGAACUAGUGCGUAUGCAAACAUGUCUACAAACCAUAUGUCAAAAAUUGCAAAGAUCAGAAAGGACUGUAUGAGAUAAAGUGAUGGAUAUGCCCCCCGAAAUUAACUUUUUAUUUGAUUUUAUUAUUACUUUGCUUUGAAAUACUUUUACUGAAAGUUUCUGGAAGUACAGUAUUACUGUAAGCCUGUGCCCAUGUGUAUCAUUUCUUACCUACUUAUUUGCAGUUUCUUUUAUUAAUAUGAAGGUGGAAAUUGAACAAAAUGAAUGCUGAAUAAAAAACAUUCCAAGAUUUUGUAACAGUUAUGGAUUCCAUUGAUAUAUUUUACCCAAUUAUUUACUUUAAGUGGGUAGAAUAUGCUUCUGAUUAUGCAAAAUCAGAAUAAGUUACAGUAUACUCUGUUAAAUUUCUGUUGAAACAUGAAAAGGAAAUAUUCCAGGAAUGUGGAAUAUUUAUACACAGAAGUACAUGAAAAGUUGCUACUGCUGUUGCAAUAAUUUUUUUUUUGAAGCUGGUCAGCAGCAAGAUAAUGUAUAUUAUACUUAAUUAUAACAGUAAUUAAUAUGUUGCAAGAAAAAAGCUAUGUGACAUGUUGAAAUACAAAUGUUAAAAGAAUAAGACCACCCAAUUUGUACUGAUAAAUGUUUAAAUGUGGCAAGAGAGUGAUAGAGCAAAAGAGCAAUCACCACAGGGCACAACGUAUUAUUCUAUAUGGUCUACAGCUCCUCAUUACCCAUAGGGGAUGGUGUCAGCUCAGGCUUUGGUUUCAUUAAGCUAAAAGACUGGCAGACAACACCUAGACCUCCACCAUAAUAGGUAGCAAUAGUGGAGGCUCAUCAUAUCUGUCGUGGGUGGAAACGAGCUGAGCAGAAGGCUCACAUAUUACCCUCAAGGUUGGAAUAGUGUGUCAUAAAUAUUUGAUUUAAAUAAGGUCAUACAUGUUAGAAUAAUAAAGCCAGAAAUUUACAAAACCUUCAAAUCAAGUCUUUUUUUUUUUCAAAACAAGAAAAGAAUAUUUACUCUAUGUAUGGCCCUAUUUCAAUCUGACAUGUAGUACUAUAGCUCUAGUAUAAAUGUCAGAUAAGAUACAAUUAAACAUUGUUUUAUUUAAAAGUCCAAGAAUUUAGUGCAGUUUGACCAAGAGAAAUUAUUAAUUUCUGCACUCAUUCCUUCUGGUUUGUGCUCCUUAGAAAUGGAAAGAAAACAAAUUAUUCCAGACUUGAUGGACCAAUGUGUAUAAUAAUGAUGCCCUGCUUCCAUCAAUUUUUGAUAUUAAAAUAAAAAACAACUGAUAA